UUAGCAAAGUCCAGGCACAUCCUGAGGUCCUCAAAAAGUGCCCUCUCCACUCCGCACUCUCUCUGCUUCCUCACCUCUUCCCAGGGGUGGCAUAGGAUAGAACACCCUCUCUAGGGCUCCAAGAGACACCCUCUGAAAUAAACACAAGACAUGAGCUUUGUAGGGUCUAGGGCAGGAGUUGGGGUGACAAAUGUCAGAGGACUCUGUCAUGGCAAAGACCUUUUCUUGACUGACUCACUAACCCCUCCUCCUCCAGCCUGGGCACUCCGAUGUCACGUGUGCAGCAGCGCCACCAACUGUGAGGAAAUUCAGACCUGUCCAGCCAGCUCCCGCUAUUGCAAAACUGUCACCACAGUGCAGGCCCUGACCGGAAACCUGGUGAAGAAAGACUGUGCAGACUCGUGCACCUCCAACUACAGCCAGCAGGGCCAGGUCAGCAGUGGUUCCGAGGUCACACAAUGCUGCCAGGGUGACCUGUGUAACAAGCGGCUCUACAGUGCUGCACCUGUGCCUGCCCUGCUCAGCAGCGCCACCCUGGGCCUGGCAGUGAGUCUGGGCCUCCUCGCUCUAACGGUUCUGUAAUACACUGCUUGGAAUUUCCCUUGCCCCUUCCCUUCUGGCUCCCAGGGUCCCCGUGGACCAUCCUUGACCACGAUGGAGGGAGCAGAUGCUGAGGCUGGGGACUGCUCUUAAAGGCUGGGUCUGGGUCCUGGUGGGCCCCAAGAGCCGUUGACAUG